AUGCGGGCCCUAGUUCUCGCCCUGGUCGCUGCUGCAGUGGUUCUUUCGCUGGCGGGGUCUGUGGCAGCCGCGAAGGACACCUCAGAGUAUGGCGGCUAUGAUUCUUACUAUGAUGACAAGUCUUCGGUGAAGGACGACGAGUUCGGGUACUAUGGCAAUGAUGACGCCUCGUAUUAUGAUGAAUACGGUCAUUACGCCGACGACGCAUUCGGCUACGACGAUUAUUACGACGAUAUCGACAAGCCCAAGGCCCCCCAGCCCAAGGCCGCCAACGGCACCGCAGCGGCGCCCGCGCCCGCGCCGGCCCCCGCGCGCCCGCCGCUGCAGGACUGCGUGCUGCAGGGCGGCAAGCCGAAGCUGUCCAACGGCACGGCGCCGUGCGCGAUCUCGAUCAAGGGGGUGAACGCAAAGGCCGACCUCCUUCGGGGCGGCAUCGACGGUGUGUACAAGCUCUCGACCUGCUACCAGGGGCGCGCGAUGUACGUCCGGGAAAAGAGCCCGAAGGGCGAGGACCGCGUGCUGUGGUACAACCCCCAGUUCGGCGACUGGGACAUAUCCAACGGCACCAAGCCCGAUGAGAACGACAUCCUCAUGUACGGCGGCGACAUGGAGCACGCGGUCGUGCCGCUGUUCGUCACCGGGUGGCACCUCGGGGCCGAUUUGAAUUCCGACCCGAGCGGCAUGGGGGACGAGGAGUACUUCCCGGUCGAGGCGAAGGUGGCGUGCGCGGACGGCAAAGUGUACGAGGAGCCCGAGCACAACGCGGCGCUCGAGAAGGCGGGGCCGAUCUUGACGGACGAGGAGAUAGAGGCGAAGUACCGCCUCGUGUACGAGAAGUACGGGCGGCGGCCGGAGCCCAACCCGACGGUUAAUCUGUCGUUCAUAGUGCUGCUCGUGCUGAUCGGGCUCACCACCAUCCUGGCCAUCCCCUACCUGCUUGUAUACCAGCGGGACGCCAAGGGCAAGGGCUACCAGCCGGUCGCAACUACCAGCUUCGCCCAGAUCAUCCAGCAGAGCAAAAAGAAGCAGAGCGGGCACAUCAACUAG